UAGGGUUGGAGCCGGAUCUCAACCAACCCUCCCUUUAAACCCCAAUCUCCCCUGCCGGAGUUAGGAUUUAAGAUCCUGAGGUCCGACGUGGGGAGCAAAGUCCGUCGGACCUGAUGCUCCCGGGCAAAGGGACAGGGGGUAUGUCAAGAAAUGAGCAUUCUACCGACUCGAUUCGGGAUCCGAGGCCCGCCACGAGCAAGGAACCAUCCUGGAGAGAUUUGAUGUCUUCCUUUGAAAGUACAGAUCCGACAGACUUCAUUCACUUGGGUGAUGACGGGGUUCUCAGACACUUCAACGAAUCGGGUGCUAUUCUUAACUAUGCACCACUGAGCCCGCAGCAGAUUAGCCAGGCACUUUCCGAUACUUCCUCGCGCGACACUGCGGAAGACAAGGGACAUUUUUUCCAAGUAUUCAAUGGUGUGGAUGGUCGUACUGUCAGGGCUCCGGCCCUCCUAUAUCCACCCGAGGAACUUUUCCCAACAAAACUUCCUCAACAACCAAAAGCCAUCAGAUACGUUCGAACUUCCGCGAUUUGAUCUCGGUCUGGGCCCAAGGCAACAUUGUGUUUCUCGUGCUUGCACUCCCAAGGACAAUUGUAGGAAGUAUGCAGGAUGCACACGUGGUUUCGUUUAAACUAGAAAGAGCCAGGCUGAGUUGAACAGCCGGGUUCUGGAUGCGUGGGACGAGCGGAA